UUCCUCUCGCCGCUCCCACUCCCGCAACGCGAAUCCCCAGCGAGUCCACGGAGACGCGAGCCAGAGCCAGAGCCCUCCCACCAAGCGAUGCCUCCCAAGCGCAAGUCCCCGGCGGCGGCUGCCCCAGCGGCGGGGUCCCCGCGGAAGACGCGGAGCAUGGCCGCCGCCGGGAAGCGGGGUGCGGCGGCUUCUCCGGCGAAGGCGGUGACGGCCAAGAAGAAGGAGGAGGAGGCGGGGGUGGCCGAGCCGAAGGGGAGGAAGAGGGCCAAGAAGGACGAGGCGGUGACGGCGGUCGCCGAGCCGAAGGGGAGGAAGAGGGGCAAGAAGGAGGCAGAGGAGGCGGCGCCGGCGGCGGAGGAGAAUGGAGGCGAUGCGGCGGCGGAAGGGAAGCGCAUAGUUGUCGAGGCCUGCACUCAGUGCAGACACUUUAAGAUCCGAGCUCAGAAGGUGAAGGAGGACUUGGAAAGUUCUGUUCCUGGGGUUUCGGUCACUAUCAAUCCUCAGAAGCCACGUCGUGGUUGCCUCGAGAUACGCGAAGAAGGUGGUGAAGUGUUCUUAUCACUGCUGAACAUGCCACGCCCCUUCACACCAAUGAAGAAGCUCGAUAUGGAUGAGGUUAUCAAGGACAUCGCCAAGAAAAUCUCCUAAAUCAAGUCUGUUGGCCAUGGCUUCAUCGCACCAUUUUGUGCUCCUGUGCUUCAAGCUAAGGCAGUAUUCUUCCAAGUGUACUUUUGUGUACGGUCACCAUUAAUCGUGCUUAGUAUUGCAUCGUCCAUGUCUCCACAGAAUUUGGGAACCAGUGGUCCAUCCUGUGUCCAAUUCAGCUAAGACAUGUUGAAUUAGUAGAUGUGGCAAUUGCUUGUGCUUCUAUGCUAUGGAUGGCCUAUAUAUCUGUGCUUGUCUUCCCUGCUGAUGUUAUAAUGUUAUCUGGAAUAUGCUGUAUGCCCUGAAGAUUAGUUGGCUUCUGA